CCUUAUUUUCUGGCUAGACAGGUUUACAUAGCUACGGGAACAAUGGAUUCCAGGCUAGCAUUAGCCACAGAGGAGCCCGUUAAGAAAGACAGUCUCAAGAAAUACAAGAUCCUUUGUGUGGUUCUUCUUGCUUUGUUGGUGAUCGUAUCGCUUGGAUUGGGACUGGGACUAGGACUCAGGAAACCUGAAGAACAAGGCAGCUGCAGGAAAAAAUGCUUUGACUCGUCGCACCGAGGACUGGAGGGCUGCCGCUGUGACUCGGGAUGCACGGGGCGAGGAGACUGCUGCUGGGACUUUGAAGAUACCUGUGUGAAAUCAACUCAAAUAUGGACGUGCAAUUUAUUCCGUUGUGGGGAGAACAGACUGGAGACAGCCCUGUGUUCCUGUGCGGACGACUGCCUACAGAGGAAGGACUGCUGUGCUGACUACAAGACUGUGUGCCAAGGCGAAAGCCCAUGGGUGACGGAAACCUGUGCCUCAUCCCAGGAGCCCCAGUGUCCACCAGGGUUCGACCUGCCGCCAGUUAUCUUGUUCUCUAUGGAUGGUUUUAGAGCUGAGUAUUUACAAACAUGGAGUACCCUGUUGCCUAAUAUCAACAAACUGAAAACAUGUGGAAUCCAUUCCAAAUAUAUGAGAGCAAUGUAUCCCACCAAAACCUUCCCAAAUCAUUACACCAUUGUCACGGGUUUGUAUCCAGAGUCACACGGCAUCAUUGACAACAACAUGUAUGACGUGCACCUCAACAAGAACUUUUCCCUUUCUUCAGUGGAGAAAAGCAAUCCCGCCUGGUGGAGCGGGCAGCCGAUUUGGCUAACGGCAAUGUAUCAAGGUUUAAAAGCUGCUUGCUACUACUGGCCGGGAUCAGAUGUGGCUGUCAAUGGCUCCUUCCCCACCAUCUACAGGAAUUACAGCAAUUCUGUCCCAUAUGAAAGGAGGAUUACGACACUGUUACAAUGGCUGGACCUGCCCAAAGCUGACCGACCCAGUUUUUAUACCAUCUAUGUGGAAGAGCCUGAUUCUGCAGGGCAUUCGAGUGGACCAGUCAGUGCUGGAGUAAUUAAAGCCUUGCAGUCAGUUGACAAUGCCUUUGGAAUGUUGAUGGAGGGUCUGAAACAGAGGAAUUUACACAACUGUGUCAAUAUAAUCGUUCUGGCUGAUCAUGGAAUGGACCAGACCUCCUGUGAUAGAGUGGAAUACAUGACAGAUUAUUUUUCUGAAACAGACUUUUUUAUGUACCAAGGACCCGCCCCUCGAAUCAGGACACUUAAUAUACCUCAGGACUUCUUUACGUUUAAUUCUGAAGAGAUUGUCAGGAACCUCAGUUGUCGAAAACCCGAUCAACACUUUAAACCCUACUUGACCCCUGAUUUGCCGAAACGACUGCACUAUGCCAAAAAUGUCAGAAUUGACAAAGCUCAUCUCAUGGUGGAUCGGCAAUGGCUGGCUUUCAGGACCCAACGGAGUUCCAACUGUGGUGGAGGAACACAUGGCUACAACAACGAAUUCAAGAGCAUGGAGGUAACGUACGGCAGCUUUUACACAGAAACAAAUCUUCUGCACAUUCAACCAGCACCGAACAACGGUACUCGAGGCAGUCUGAAUCAUCUUCUGAAGGCACCGUUUUACAAGCCAUCCCAUGCAGGAGAAUUGUCAACGCCUGCUGGCUGUGGUUUUACUACUCCACUGCCUACAGACCCACUAGACUGCUCAUGCCCUGAACUACAGAAUAAGUCCAGUCUAGAAGAGCAAGCAAACCAACGGCUAAAUCUCAGCGAAGGAGAGGUCGCAGCAACGGUGAAAGUAAAUUUGCCAUUUGGGAGGCCCAGGGUGAUACAGAAGAACAGAGACCACUGUCUCCUUUACCACAGGGAAUACAUCAGUGGAUAUGGCAAAGCUAUGAAGAUGCCCAUGUGGAGCUCAUACACUGUUCUCAAACCGGAAGCCACACUAUCGGCAUCUCAAGCUCUCAGAGCCUCUCCAGGCUCCACCCCAGCUGUAGGAGCCCUGGAAUGGCACCAUGCAUUGCACUGCAGCACUGGGGCUCUGUGUAGCUUCUGGGGAUCACAGCUCAAGGUCUCCAACCGGCUUCCAGUACCCACUGCUGAACCAUCUUCCUACCCUGGAGUGGCAAUCAAAAGAACUAAUGAGAGUCAAUACGAUGCCUUAAUUACAAGUAAUUUGGUGCCAAUGUAUAGAGAAUUCAAAAAAAUGUGGGACUACUUCCAUGAGGUUCUGCUUAUAAAAUAUGCUGUAGAAAGAAAUGGACUGAAUGUGGUUAGUGGACCCAUCUUUGAUUAUAAUUAUGAUGGUCAUUUUGAUGCUCCAGAUGAAAUCACACAAUAUGUAGCUGGCACCGAUGUUCCUAUCCCAACACACUACUUUGUGGUGCUGACAAGUUGUAAAGAUCAAACCUACACACCCGACAACUGCCCUGGGUGGCUGGAUGUCCUGCCCUUCAUCAUCCCUCACCGGCCCACCAACAUAGAAAGCUGUCCUGAAAACAAGACCGAAGACCUUUGGGUUGAAGAAAGGUUUCAAGCACAUGCCGCCCGGGUUCGAGACGUGGAGCUCCUCACUGGCCUUGACUUUUAUCAGGAGAAAGCACAGCCUGUCUCUGAAAUUUUGCAACUGAAGACAUAUCUGCCCACGUUUGAAACCAUUAUUUGAAUGGAUGGAUAUAUA